CCCUGUUUUUUGCAGGGCCUCUCUCCUCUUUAUUUCCUUUUUUGUUCCUUCCUCCUCUUCUUUCCUUUCCAUGGAUCAGACCCGUAUAAUGACCUAGAAUUAUCGAGGCCUUGGAGAGACUUCUGCAAUUUUAGAGCUGAAAAAACUCUGUUUCCAACAAAAGCCGAGUAUCAUCUUCCUCUCUGAAACAAAGCACACAGUGGUGGAGAUGAAUUCGAUCCGCUCAAAUCUAGGGUUUGAUUGAUGCUUUGCUGUUGAUUGUGUAGGGAGGGGGGCGGCCUUACUCUGCUCUGGAUAGAUGAUUUUACCUUGUCUAUUUCCUCUUUUUCCCAAUCUCAUAUAGACGUUGAAAUUGUCGAUUUGAGUGGAGGUCAAUGGCGACUCACAGGGUUCUAUGGAAAUUCGGAGGCCACCCAAAGAGAGGAAUCAUGGACCCUGUUAAAAUCCCUCAAGGCUGCCUCUUCUCGACCAGGAGGGGUGGAUUGGCUUUGAUUUGGACAGAUGUUUUUCGGCUGCACCAAUCCCUUGUUUUACAAUCCCCUUUAGCUAUUGCAAUUGUUGAUCCGGGUGGUUGUCGAUGGAGGUUGAUUGGGUUUUCUGGUCAAAAGCAAAAGGAAAGGAUUGUUGUUGGUGAAGUCGGUGGUGUUUUACAAGGGGAGAAUGCCACUCCAGUCGCAAAAGCUACUCUUGUUCCCUUAUUGAAUUUUGGCAACAAGGGCUUGCAGAGGAUUGGAACAGUUAGGGUCAUGGUUGGGAGCCAAUGGCGACGAGGGAGGUGCCUAGGUUUGUAUGGAGGACCAUGCCUCUCCUGUUGAUUUUUCCUCAAGAAUAGAUAGGGCGGCAACUUGUGGGUUGUGGACUGUUUGUUGCCAGAAUCCCUUGUUCUCUCCAUGAAGCUGGUUAAAUAAGUGAGGAAGUCCAGU